GCGUCAAGUCAUUCUCCGCCCACAGUUUUGUGUUUGUGUUGGAUCGCGGUUCUCCCUCUCCUAUCGUCUUUCUCUUCUCUUCGGAUCUCCCUCCAUUCCUUCAAGUCACAAUCUCAAUCACUGUUUCUUCUCUUCUACCUCGUUUCCCUAUUCUCCCUCAAUUUUUCUUUCGCUUCCAAUGACAUACUUUUAAUUUUUUUAUCAAUAAAUCACUCUUUUUCGUGGAUAUCUAUGAUUUUUUUGACUAAAACAUUGGUCUUUCAGAUCUAACGUAUCUAUGCCAACACCCAUUGCACAACAUCAUCUUCUCGUUUUCGUGUAUCAUUUUCCAAUUAACUGAUACCCUUUUGCCUGUUUUAUUAAUUUAUUCCUUCUUGACCGGACUUGAUUCAUCACACAACUGCAUUUUUUGGUUGGUUGGUUGGUUGGAUUCUAUUAUUCUUUUACCUGAAAAAUAAUGGUUAUGGUGAAUCUGGGAAUGCUUCAUUACGUGUUGGACCACGUAUAUGGAGCAUUCAUGCACCGAACCAAAAUGAGCACCCCAUUCUUCUCGCGAGGGUGGGGUGGGACGAAACUAGAGAUGCUUGAGAGGGUGAUAAAGCAAUUGUUCCCCGAAGUGGAGGGGCAUAAUUGGCCUCCCUCAAUGAUUGAACCGGUUUGGAGAACCGUUUGGGAGACAAAGAUGGCUUCUUUGAGAGAAGGGGUGUUCAGAACCCCUUGUGAGGAGCAACUGCUGGGUGCAUUGCCCCCUGAGAGCCAUACUGCAAGGGUUGCAUUCCUCAUGCCCAAGUCUGUGCCCCCUCACAAAAUGGCCUGUGUUGUUCAUCUUGCAGGAACUGGAGACCAUACAUUUGAGAGAAGACUGCGUCUUGGUGGACCCCUGAUGAAGGAAAACAUUGCAACCAUGGUACUUGAGAGUCCAUUUUAUGGACAAAGACGGCCUGUGCUGCAGCGUGGUGCAAAACUUUUGUGUGUUAGUGACUUGCUUUUAUUAGGAAGAGCAACCAUUGAAGAGGCACGCAGUCUCUUACACUGGUUGGACUCUGAGGCAGGUUUUGGCAAGAUGGGUGUUUGUGGACUUAGUAUGGGAGGAGUACAUGCUGCAAUGGUUGGGUCACUUCACCCUACACCUGUUGCAACACUCCCUUUUCUAUCUCCACAUUCUGCUGUUGUGGCAUUCUGUGAGGGGAUUUUAAAGCAUGGCACUGCCUGGGAAGCACUGAGAAAGGAUCUUGCAGCCCAAAAGGUUGCUAUGACUCUAGAGGAGGUUAGAGAACGAAUGAGGAAUGUUCUGUCUCUCACAGAUGUCACACGCUUUCCAAUUCCCAAAAACCCCAAUGCUGUAAUCUUUGUUGCUGCCACUGAUGAUGGAUACAUCCCAAAACACUCAGUCCUGGAACUUCAGAAAGCUUGGCCAGGUUCUGAGGUGAGAUGGGUCACAGGUGGCCAUGUGUCAUCCUUCAUUCUCCACAAUGAUGAGUUUCGAAGAGCCAUUAAAGAUGGUCUUGAUAGAUUACCAUGGAAAGAGUCUCAUUUGUGAUAAAUAAUCCUAUUGCACAUGAAGAGGAAAUUACUUUUUCAUUGUUGAUUGUACAGUGGUCCUGUCCAUUUCUAAUACUCACCUAAACUUGUAACAUGCAUAAUUGAUUUCAUAUCUUCAUAUCCAAAUGGAGAGGGAAGGAGUUGUAAAUUGUCAUCAAGAAAAUGUACAUUGAAGUUAAAGCCAUGGGGAUAGAAGUUUGUGAAAAAACUGAUAAAAUUGUUGAAUGGGAAUUUAACGGUUCUGAUCUGUUUUAAGUUUUUA